UCCCUCUCCAGCCAGGCCAGCUCGUAGCUGCUUCCCUCCCUCCCUCCCUCCCUCUCUUGCCGCCCGUCUGCUUGCUGUGUGUGCCCGCCCGGGACUCGCUCUGUGCCGCCGGCUGGCCUCCUGUCGAUGGCUCCAUGCUCGCAUUCGCUCCUCCUCAGAGUGGCUUGGCUUCUCCUGGUGAACGGCGCCGGGGUCCGAGCGCACGGCAGAAUGUUUGUACUACAACCGAAGAAUGGGACCAUGCAAUGGGACAUCUCUGCAGCCCAGGGACUGUGCGUGGAGCAGGGGGCACGCUUGGCCACAGCUGAAGAGCUGCAGAGAGCAGUGGAUGAAUGUGCAUUCACAGAAUGUACCUCAGGCUGGAUUGCAGACAAUCAAAUCGGAUCGACUGUAUGCAGUGACAUGGGCUUUGGCCAACAAGAUAGACAAAAUAUCCAUGUGAAAACUGAAUCAGCUUCCUCAGGUGGUCGAUACGAUUCCUUCUGCAUUAAAGACCAAGGUAGUCCCUGUGGAGACCCUCCCUCCUUUCCCAAUACUGUACUCCAGGGUUACUCUGGGACUGAAAUGGGUGAUGAGCUGCUGUACAUCUGCGCCCAGGGCUACAUCAUGGCCAAUGGAGAGAAUGCCUUCAGCUUGCUGUGUGAUAGCUGUGGAGAGUGGUACGGCUUUGUCCAAGCCUGUGUAAAAGACGAAGCUGAGGGCCAUAUUGACUAUGAAGACAAGUUCUCCAAUGAAGACUCCCUAUCAUUUUCAGACCCUGCUGAGGAGCAAGGAAAAGAAGAAGUGAAAGCUCCAGAUGAUGGAUUAGAUGAGACGGCUGAUGGCUCUAUAGGAGAAGGCAGCAGAGAAACCAUGCGCCCAAAUGAGUCCCCGGUCUCUUUACUCAGUCAGAAGCAACUGUUUUGGUUCCCCUCAGAAGCAUUCCCUGGUGUUGAGCAGCUCAACCUCAGGAAAGCAGAUGUGGAGUCAAAAAUGUUAACCCCUGCAAGCAAUAAUCAAAUUGCAGUGAAGACUGAAGACGAAGGAGAGCGAACAGGGCAAGGUGAAGAGGUGCCCAUUGGACCUUCCAUUGUGCAGAAUGAGACUAAAGUUACCAAGGAAACCAUUGCUGGGACAAACAAGUCUUGGGUGGAUGGUUACCCUGGUGUAUCAGACACGGUGGAAGAGAAGAUUGAUGGGUCCAUGGAAGCACAAGUGGAAGCUCCCGACACCACAGACCAUGUAAACCAGGUGGAGAUCAGCAGGACAGGCACACCAAGCAGCACUUUGGCCAAUCAUCACACUCAGCCCAUGACCGCACCAACUGGGCUGCCAGUUAUAGACAGUAAACAAGUGGAUAUUGUGCAGACGUUGGCCCCUGAAGAUGCCAGUGUCAGUAGAGGUGCUGAGCUCGACACAACAACUUCACUGGGCACAUUGUCCAAAAUGCCAUGGAAAUCCUCUGAUGUACUUACCGAACCCUCGCUGCCUCCCACAGACACUGGAGAAACAGUCAGUGAAGGGCUCUACCCUGCAGAGCAAGCCCCAGUGUCCACAGCAGUGGCUGGGCUUACAACUCACUACACUGCAGUCACGGCUGAAGCAAGUGCUCAGACUUUGAUAGAUUUGUCAGACCUCGACAUGUUUGAUGACUUCACCAAAAGGGGGACCUUCAGUGAUGGGUUUGAGGCCAAGCUGCUGCCGACAGUCAGGAGUUGCCGAGGCCAGGAGUGUUCCAGCUCCAACCAUGGCCCCAUGAUAGCCACCAUUGUUACAGUGGUCAGUCUGCUGAGCCUGGCUGUAAUCCUGGCCGCCUGGUGUUAUAAACACAGGCACCAGAAGACAUCUGUGUAUGAGCUGAAUGGAAAGGGACACAUGAGAUGCGGUGAGCGCAUUGAAAUGCAGCAGAGAGUGUAAGUGGAGGUCUGCUCGUGGAGGGAGGAUCGACAGCCGCAGACACAUUCACAGCCGGCAUCUCGCAUUGCAACAUUGCACAAAUUGACUUAUUUCUAAAGGUGCUUUAAAUAAUCAAUGUUACAUGGAAGUAUAAUUGAAAUAUGUGAACGCUGAUCAGUCAAACAUACACUGCAACUGGAGAGGUCAAGUGGUGGACCCUCUCUCUCUCUCUCUCUGUAGAGGUACCCUCACUGGGUUCAGUGUUGGGGGUGCUAGGUAUCAGCUCAGACACCCAUGUAGGAAUCUGGUAAAAGGGAGGGUGCAGGAGGGAUAAACCUAAAGUGGCCACUGCCAGGAACAUGGAACAAAAUGUAAAUAUUUCUAUUGAUGUUCUGCCAACUUGCAAUACCCCAAUAACUAUCAAGCUUUUCUUCUGAGAGCAAAGCAACAUGACCCCUCACUGUCUCUGACAAACAUAAGAGCAACAUUAAGUGAAUGUUUCCUUGCAGCAGUGCUAGCAAAGGUUUCAUGCCACUAUAAUCCUGCCACACAAAGCAUAGACUUUCCUGGAGUUUCCAGAAU